AUGAGAAGUCCAAACACAAGAGCUAAGAUCUCUUAUUUUCUAGUUACUAUAAAUAAUGAUCAGAAUGUAUUUAAUCCUGGAGACGAAAUUUCACUAACUAUUCAUUUGAAGGUGCUUGAACCCUUGAAAGUAAGAGGUAUACAUUUAAAGAUAUGUGGUCAAUGCUAUGUCUUGUGGGGUGAUAAGAGAUCAGGGGAAAGUAAACGUUAUGAAGGAGAAGAUAAUUUUAUAACUGAGAGAAAAGUUGUCUGGGGAGAAGAAGGUGGAUCAGAGAGGGAACAUGUACUAUCUGCUGGAGAAUAUGCAUUUACAGAAAAUUACAUACUGCCUUUAGAAAUUCCUUCAUCAUUUGAAGGGAAGUAUGGUCAUGUUAGAUAUUGGGCCAAAGCUAAGAUUUACCGUAGAAAUUGGAAACAAGAUAUUAGCUCGGAAGAAUCACAUUUUUCAGUGAAUGGUGUGAUAGAUUUAAAUGAAGCACCACAUGCUCAGGAAGUAGUAAUAAGAAGUGAAGAGAAAUCAGUAUGUUGUUGGUGUUGCAAAUGUGGAUCAUAUAGUGUAGUGUUUCGGUUAGACCAUCGUGGCUUUGUAAUAAGUGGACCAAUAUUUAUCAUGGCUGAAAUUAGUAAUAAUUCUACCAACUAUGUCACUGCUACUGCCUAUUUAAUUAUGGUAAAUAUUGAUAGCAUCUAUUAUCAAUCAACUAUUAGUGUUAUAAAUAUGUCAUACAAAACUCCAUACAAAGAACAGAAAACUACAUUUAAAGCUGAGAAUAGUAGUAUUAAAUGUAAAGUAGUUAUAGCAGAAAGUACACAUGAGAGUAUAAAACCUGGUGGCAGUGAUAUCUGGAAUGAUCCUAUACUUAUACCUCCUGAAACACAACCUACUAAUCUAGGUGCAUCAACAAUAAUAGGUGUCGAUUACACAAUACAGUUUCACAUACAAACAGAUGGUUGUGAUUGUGAUGAUAUUAAAUUUAAAGAAAAGAUUAUACUUGGUACAGUCCCUUUAAAUAUGAUAGCAAGCUCAUCUAUAAUGUUACCAAAUGAUGAAUGUACACAACAAACUCCACUAAUAGCUCCACCAAGUUAUGAUGAGUGUAUAAAUAAACCUUCAUCUUCUAAACUUUAUAAACAAGACAGUUUACCAUCAUAUUCUGAGAUACAGUCUUACCCUCUACAUCAACAAAUUACUAGAAUAUAG